AUGCCAGCUUCCAAAGAAGAAAUCAUAAUCCGGCACGCACGCCGUGAAGAUGUUCCAACAAUCCUUCAGCUCAUCCAGGAACUAGCCGACUACGAGAAAGAGCCCAAUGCAGUAGAAGCCACACCCGAACUUCUCGCCUCAACAAUAGCAUUCGCACCUUCUCCCUCUUCUUCCACCGGUACGUCUGCACCCGUUGACGAAAUCGAAACCGAAAGCAUCUCCUCCUCCCGUCCCGCCCGCUGUCUCCUCCUCUUCACACCCAGCGGCGAAGCCGCCGGAAUGGCUCUCUACUUCUACAACUACAGCACUUGGAAGGCACGACCGGGGAUCUACCUUGAGGAUCUGUUCGUCAGGGAGAGGCAUAGAGGAAAGGGGUUUGGUCAAAAACUGAUCAAGGAGUUGGCGAAGGAAGUAGUAGACAUGAAGGGUGGACGCUUAGAAUGGUGUGUGCUGAAGUGGAAUACACCUAGCAUUGGAUUUUAUGAGAGCGAUAGGAUUGGUGCGAGAGCAAUGAGCGAAUGGCAGACCAUGAGGGUCGAUGGGGAGGGUUUAAAAAGAUUAGCUGAGGGGGCAGACUGA